GAUACGCAGACACAUAACCGGAUAUCACCUGACAGCGGUUUGCAUUUCAAUGUUUAAGCUAACAACCAAAGAAGUUAUCAAUAGUGACAAACACAGCUUCCAAUAUGGAGGGUUCUAUUCAUAGAGGAUGUGACUUUGUAUUUGACUUUUCUUGUGUCACCUGUCAGGAAAAUGACAGAAACACAGAGGCAGAUUUUUACUGUGAGGAAUGUUCUAAAUUUUACUGUAACAAAUGUGUGGAGCAUCAUAACUAUCUUUACAAGAAGCAUGCCAUUUUGGGCAAGGAAAACAUCAGCCAAUGGCCUGAGACGGAUGUGGUUGAACUGGAGCAAUGUCAGGAGCACCGGAAAGAAAAACUGACAAUAUUCUGUGAGGACCACAGUCAGAUAUUAUGUCAUGUCUGCCAUGUCCACAAUCAUCAGAAAUGCAGUCAUGUGGUACUAAUAGCUGACAAAGUGAAAGUCCUCCAUAAGAAAGGAGACUUCAAGGAGUUGUUAGCAAGGUUUGAUGCACAGCACCAGCAGUUGAUACAUAAGCAACGAGAUCUUGAUGAAAAUAUGAAGUCUCUUGAGAAAUCUCACGAAACAAUUCUGGAAGAAAUCAAUGCUUUACGAAAGAUAAUUAAUGAUUCUUUAGAUCAACUGGAGAAGAAUACAAAGAAAGAAUUGGACACAUUUUUAGUCAAUUCGAGGACAUCUGUUCGAAAUGACAUCAAAAACUGCACGAAGUCCAUCAAAAAUAUAGCAUGCUUUAAAGAUGAUUGGCUGAGAACAAAAGACAAAAGUGAAGCACUCAGUUUUAUCAUGUAUAAAAAAUGCCGCGAUCAUUCCCUCAAGGUAGAAGCAUUUUUACAAGAAAUGAGAACACAAGAUGAAAGAUUCCUUACAUUUAAUCCUGAUACGACCAUCCAACAAACCUUGUCCGCUCUCACAGGAUUGGGCCGAAUAUUCAGCACAGUGAAACAAGUAAAACCAGCUAAAGGGUCAACACAGAGCACAGUUACCCGACAUAAUAAUUCUAAAGCAUCCAGCCAUUCUGACCCUGACUCUGACCAAACAACUCCAGGAUUCAACAUAAACAAGUCCAUUAAAACAUCGAGUUUAUCUAGACAGUAUAGCCCUGGAAACCAAACAAGUGAUCUGACCAAGUCAGGCCAAGUAUCUGAUCCAGUAUCAAGUUCAUCUAGAAGUUCUAGCCCUGUAAACAGAACAAGUGAUCUGACCAAGUCAGGCCAAGUAUCUGAUCCAGUAUCAAGUUCAUCUAGAAGUUAUAGCCCUGGAAACAGAACAAGUGAUCCCACCAAGUCAGGCCAAGUAUCUGAUCCAGUAUCAAGUUCAUUACACCAGCUGGUCCAGGAAUAUCAACCAGGGGCAGUAAACAGGUCUGAUCAAAUUUUAAGAGUGAAGAAUGGAAAGAAUUACAGUGUGGAAAUCUUGAAUGAUUUUAACAAAUCCAUUAUAACUGGUAUCUGUUGCACAGCUACUGGAGAACUCAUCAUCAUAGAUAAAAACAAUAGUAAAGUGAAGCUCCUCGAUCAGACCUACAAGGUGGUGGCCCACUGUGACUUUGCUUCUGAACCAUGGUCCAUGUGCAGCAUUGAUUCCAGUCUGGUGGCUGUUACUGUGGAUAGCAAUGAGGUCCACUUCAUCAGAGUAUCCAAUGGUCUGUUGAUAAAGGACACCCACAGGAUGCUAAAUCUUCAACAUAACUGCUUGGGUAUUGCCCAUCAGCAUGGUAACCUGUACAUUACAGAUGGUAACACUCUGUAUCUCUAUACUGUGGAUGGCAGACUGGUGAGGGAGAUAGCACUCAGAGCAGGUUCCCGAUUGAGAGCUACCUGCUGUGCAGUGAGUCCAGAUGGGGACAGGAUAUAUGUGAUUAAUGAGUCCAAUAAACUGCUGGUCACACUGUCCAGGGAUGGCACAGUGAUCUCCACCCUGACUGUACCUGACCUGAGCCCCCUUAUAGGAGUACUACCUGGCCUACAUGUGACAGAUUCAGGACACGUUCUUGUGUGUGGAUACUCUACAAACACAGUAGCCCAGGUGGACAGAGAUGGAAGACAGAUACUGGCAGAGGUGGUCACAAAGAAUAAUGGUGUGAGUGGCCCUGUGUCUGUCUACUACAGCAAGCACACAAGCUCACUAAUUGUAGGAACGUAUGAUGAUUUGAAAGUCUAUAAGGUGCGCAAUGAUGGUUGAAGUAGGAUGAUGUUUGUUUAUUUACCCAUUCAUAUAUACAGAUAUCUUUAAAAACAGUGUUAGAUUUUUGUAUGCAAUGUAUAUCAGACACAGUGACUGUUGGAAUAGCCGGCAUUUUCAUAUUCCCUGCAUGAAACUAUAACAAAUUGCCCAUGAUACCAGCCUUCACUAAGUCGUAUAAUUAUGACAUAUAAAUGCUAACAUAUAAUUUGGAAAAAACGAAUAAUUAGUUUAGUAGAAACAAGGUUUUAACGGAUUGGAAGACCAUUUCAGAACAGUCUUUUCAAAUGACUUUAUUUGAGAUAAUAAGUUUACUUAUUAUUUACACAAAAAUUAUCUUAUGAUUUUGUUCAUGAUGUGCAUGUUAUUUUUAUGUUUUUAUGAACAUUGUCUGUCAGUGUGUCAAGUAUUGUUCAUGUUUAUGUUUAUGUGAAUAUAAUAUACAACAACCUCAUUUUCCAAAUCAAAAUAUUAUGAAACUCUGCAACCAGUUAUGUCAAGAUAAACGGAUUUGAAAUCAAGAGAAUUAAGCCUGAUCAAAAAGUCUAAACCAAAAAUAAACAUUAACAACAACACAAAUUUUUACUUCAACCUAAGCCAGGAGAGACUAUUGACCAAACCUUGUCUAACAAUCCUCGGUAAAUACAUGUGAUCAACUGAAGCAACGCCUUAUGAAUUCCAAAGCCUCUAAUCUUUUGAGACAGGGCAGAAUGUCUUGAACUUCCAAAGUAAACUGGUGCUCUCAAUCUCUGCUUGAAAUAGCCCCCCCCUCCCGUCCAUUUUCCAGUUCAAUUUUAAGAAGUGGUUUCCCAACGCUGAAUGCUUCAUACCAAAGAAGUUUUAUCUGGACCUUACACCUUGAAAUAUAGUCACCACAUGCUCCAGACAAAACUUCAGCAAGAACAAUCCCAUUGGCACUAACUGGAAAAUUAUGAAAGCAGGAGUUAUGGUUCUUAUGCACUCUGCUUCCACAGAUCGAGAUCUGCCUAUAACAGGAUGCUGCUGAUCAACCGGGUUUUUAGGGAUUUACACAUGGCCUGCCAUAGACAGAAUGUAAACACACCAUUAAGAACUUUAUUUUGCAAAUAUCUCAAGUUAUGAAAUACAUUUGCAUAAAUCGUUUGUGCAUAAAAGACAGUUUUUCUUGCAAUUUGUGCAGAUAUCUAAGGUAGACGAAUAAAUUCUUAAAUACGUCUGUAAUCGGUGACAAAAUUUCCCGUUGCGUGAAGUGUAACAGUGUAGUAUUAAUAGAAUUUUUUAACAAGAACGCAGGCUUAUUAUAAAAUAAACUAAUUCUGAUGUAUUUCACAUUGCAAUAAGCAGCAUAAAAAUCUGUCUUUUAUGCACUAGUUGAAAUUUUUAAGUAAAAUUGUUUUAAAAAGCUAUUUGAGUUGUGUUAACAUCCAUUAACAUUUAAUUGGGAUCCCCACAAAGUCACCUGAUCCUGCACCCUGUAUAAAUUAUCUUCUGAAUUGAUACCUCUGAUAAUGUCCCAGACGUGCUCUUGACAAAAUUUAAGUAUAAAAUAUUUGUAGAGGGCAAAUUAACUCUACAUAUGGAAGCAAGAAUAAUGGCUCUUGCAAUAGUUACAUCCCUCCCCACAAUUAGAUCUACCCACCUUUUAAGUUUCAAAUUGAAACCUUGUUUAAUUUACCAGAUAUACUCUCAACAAAAAUUAAGUUUAAUUUUUUUUUUAAAGGGCAACAACUCUAAAAAUAUGAUAGCAAGAUGUAUGGUUAUUGGGCACUGCACAACCCCUAAAUGAGAUAUAUUUCCCUAUUGAGUUACAAGUUGUUACCUCUUUUUGUUUUCAAGAUAAGCUCCAGGCAAAAUUUAAAUACCAUAUACUUUCGCUUGUAAGACGCAUUUUUAAGACUCAAAUUAAUAAGUAACAGUUGGGGUCGCGUCUUAUAAGCAAGAUACUGGUGAAAAUAAACUAAAUUUUUCAAAAUAUCGAGUUUACUGGGCUUAUGCUAGCCAAGUUGGACACUUGUCAGUUGUUUUGAAUCAUCGUGGCAGCCAUUUGCAUGUUCUCUAAAGUCUGUAUUGGCCCGUACCGUGUAUCGGAACGCUAUGUUCAGUAACCGAUUUACUUGUAAUAAAAUUUAUCGUUAUUGAUUUUGUUGUCUAUUAUUUUUAAUUUGAAUUUUGUUAUUUUUUGGACGUAGGACUUUACAUUGCCCGUGAUUAUUCUUGGAAAGUUUGUAUCACCUGAUUGUCUGCGCGCGACGUCGUAAAAUGUCAUAUAAAUUGGCCAUUAAAGUAUACGUGUGUAAGUGGCGACACGAUGCCAACAUGCUUAAAACAACAGCAAAAUCAAUACUCAGUUUGAAACUGUCAAUUGUUAAAUAAACAUGCUGCCGAUUACAAAUGCUACUUGACAAGUUUGUAUCACCUGAUUGUCUUUGUUCCACGUCGUUAAUUGUCAAUUAAGACAAACUUGGCAAUAAGUUACCAGUUUGCAACUGUCAAUUAAUAAAUAAACACGUUAAUUCUGAUGACCCCCUAAUGCUGAUGACACCUUAUUUAUUAGGGGCUAACAAUGACGGGAGCAAAGAGCGACCGAAUGCAAUUAUCCGCAUAUGGCUUUCUUCUUGACACGUGAUUUCGAUCUGCGCUUCGGAGUCUAUCACUCUUUCACGCGAUUGGCUAAUUUUAUGAAAGUAGGCGUUACCUAUUGUUGAUAGACAAUGGGUGUAAAAUUUGCAUAAUCUAGGUAAUAAAACUAAACGCUUUCAAAAUAUCUGCCUAUUACUUUUCAAUACCUGUCAAACAAUACAAUUAAGAUGACUGAUACGAUCAAUUUUGCUUGUGCAUUGAUAUUACGAACGUAAUAUGUUUGAAAUUGUUUGCAAUUGUUCGGGCACAUGAUAAAUUACGCAAUUGUUAGAAAUUUUGUUAAUUUGAUAAUUAUUUUUAUUGCAUGAAUAAUACUUGAAAAUAAAUUAAAACCCACUGAUGUAUCAUAAAAUAAACAAAUAUUAUUUA